AUAAAAAAGAAAUAAUGAAAAAUGCCAAACAUACCUUAAAUGAUUGUAUAUUAAUAUUAUUAUUGUUACAUAGAUAUUAAUUUUAAUUUUAUACUUGUGAAAUGGCGGGUCUUAUUCGUUAGUCUAAAAUAAAUAUAUAAAUAAAUAAUAGAAAGGAAGAAAAGAAAACUGUUUUCGGUUGCCACAUUGGGCAUUUCCAACAAAAAUCCACAAGAAGGGGAAGAUACCGUAAAUCUCGGUCGUUACCGUCGCCGUCACCACCGCCGCCAUCGUCCGUUCGGAGCACGUGACCUCGCCACGAUUCCUUCCCCGCGGCCAUUGACGAUGAUUUGAUAUCGGAGAAGUUACGUGUGAAAUCCGAUCGGUUAACUCUGCUAUGACGCGAUGCACGUGUACAACCGGUUCCUCACCAGCGGACACAACAACCUCCCAACGUCUCCGUGAAACCGCCACCGCAAAUCGAGCAGGUCGCCGCCUCUUAAGUCGCCUGCGCAGCGCCUCUCCUGGUGCAUAUUCUUUCCUCUCUUUAGACGGCGGGGAUUUCUCCUGUUCGCUCCCCUCAUGUAUGUUGCGAUGCUGCUGUUUUACAUGGGGAUGCUGUUGCUCAAUUCCCUUCUGGUUAAUAGCCUCCGGAAUCCUGUCGGUACGGUUUAUCUGAGCCCGCAGUUGUACGCCAAGCUCCGUCCUCAAAUGGAUUCUGAUAAUUAUUCCGCUGAUAAUGCGAUAUUGGCUAUUUGGAAACAUUCUUAUAAAGAUGGUGUGUGGAGGCCCUGCAUCAAAAGCUCUUCACAAGGUGUACCUCAGUCAAAUGGAUAUGUUUGGGUUGAGGCCAAUGGUGGCCUGAAUCAGCAAAGAACAUCGAUAUGUAAUGCUGUGGCUGUGGCAGGGUACCUUAAUGCAACUCUUUUGAUUCCAAGCCUCCGGUUUCACAGCAUUUGGAGAGAUCCGAGCCAAUUCGAUGAGAUUUAUGACGAACAGUUCUUUAUGGAAAGCCUAGAAAGAAAUGUUCGGAUCGUGAAAUAUCCUCCGGACUACAUCAUGGAGCGAUUUGAUUACAACCUGAGUAAUGUAUUCAACUUUAAAAUCAAAGCAUGGGCAUCUAUCCGGUACUAUCGUGAUACGGUUUUGCCGAAGCUUCUAGAAGAGAAGAUUAUAAGGAUCUCGCCCUUUGCAAACCGGCUAUCGUUCAAUGCUCCAGCAGAUGUACAGCGCCUUCGAUGCUUGGCAAAUUAUGAAGCUCUAAGAUUCUCAGACCCCAUACAGACACUAGGUGAAUCCUUGGUUUCAAGAAUGAAAAAACACAGCGCAAACAACAAUGGCAAAUUCAUCUCUGUGCAUCUUCGCUUUGAGGAGGAUAUGGUUGCCUUCUCUUGUUGUGUGUAUGAUGGCGGGGAGCAAGAGAAAAAGGACAUGAAUGCUGCUAGGGAAAAAGGUUGGAGAGGCAAAUUCACUCGACCUGGUCGAGUCAUUAGUCCUGGAGCCAAUCGAUUAGAUGGAAAAUGCCCUUUAACACCUCUAGAGGUCGGUUUAAUGCUGAGAGGAAUGGGCUUCGGCAAAAGUACUUCCAUCUACUUAGCAUCUGGAAAGAUAUACGACUCGGAGAGACACAUGGCUCCGCUGUUGGAAAUGUUCCCGUUGCUCCAAACAAAAGAUACGCUGGCAUCUCCCAUCGAAUUAUCUCUAUUCGAGAGCUACUCAUCGAGAAUGGCUGCUUUAGACUACAUAGUUUGUCUUCACAGCGAAGUUUUUGUAAUCACGCAAGGCGGGAACUUUCCGCAGUUUCUUUUGGGGCACCGGAGGUAUUUAUACGGCGGCCAUGGCAGGUCUAUCAGGCCCGAUAAGCGCAAGCUGGCCCAGAUACUCGGCAAUCCAAGUUUCGGGUGGGAAAGCUUCAAGCGCCAAAUGCGCGCUAUGCUCGCAUUGAGUGAUGAUAAAGGUAUGGAAAUCAAGAGGCCUCGCGACUCGAUAUACUCGUUCCCUUGCCCCGAUUGCAUGUGCAAAGGCACGAGCAAUGCUAACUCCAAGGCUUCGGCUACAUCAUCGUCGUCCUCGUCGAAAAUGUGAGGUGUGUUCCUCUUUUAGUAGCACACAAUGACAGUGUAUGUGACCGUGUGUAUUGUAUUGUAUAUUAUUGUAACAUAGGAUAGAAGUUUUUUUUUUUUUGUACAAAUGAAUGUUAUGAAUGAUGGGUAUUGUGGGUGUAUUACUUUGUAUAUUUCUAUUUGUAUAUGUAUUUAUA